ACCCUGUAUUUAUUAAAUGUUUAGUUUGGAGAAUUGUCUGAGAUUAUCCUGAAUGCUCUGGAGGAGAUUACAGAAAAUAUCAAAUAUUCUAACAGAUCUGAGAAUCUGAAGAUUGGUGUAAUCUGGUCUGGAGUAGGAGACCUAGCUGUGCAGCUCACCAGCCUACCAAACCAUCUAGAACCGGUUCUUAACUACCUCAGAUCUGUCUACAGGGUUUCUAAUAAACUCAGGAGACAAGAGAAACUGCACAGUAUCCUCUUUGAGAUUCUUGGAACUGUUAUCAAGUUUCCAGAUUCAAUUCUACUCAGCCACAUCUACUCUCUCAAUAGUAUGGAGAAAAAGAUAUCUCCGCUUCUACUGGUUCUCAAGAUUCUUCUGAAUGAAAAUAUUCUGAACUCUAAGGAAGAAACUAAGGAGCUGCAUAGUAUCCUGGAGGUUUGGUUGAGCAAGGUUAGAUCUCCGGGAGAUCUAGUUGAGGUCUUGCAGAGGAUGGAGUUAGUCACUCCAAACCUUUCCUUCAUAGGAUUAGAUAACAUGUCUACAGUUUGGCAGCUUCUGGCUCGUUGUAUCUCUGAAUGGGAAGUUUUGGGAGAAAAUAAAGGGACUCAAUACUCAUUUGGUAGUGUACUGCAAUUCAUCAGAUAUCCUGUACAGUUCCUUGGGGACAAGGAUACAAGGUUUUGGAGGGAUUGGGCAAACCUUUACUCAGCUCUUAGUAACCAGGGUGAAGUAACGAUUGGAUACGAGAGUGGACAGAUCUGUUCUGAAGUUACAGAAAUAUUAAUUACUAUUUUAGGGUGAAGUAACGAUUGGAUACGAGAGUGGACAGAUCUGUUCUGAAGUUACAGAAAUAUUAAUUACUAUUUUAGGGU